CUAUACUGUGUAUGGUUUAAGCGGGUAGUGGAUCGAGCCGGGCUAUAGUGAUGCAGCCCAAAAAAUAAGAAGUCCUAAACCGGACGAAUCAUUAUCAUCUCGGAAAUCCAUUCCUCAAAACCAUAACACAGAUCAAUCAUAUUCUUCAUUCAUAUCACGGAAACCCUAAGAAGACCCUCUCGUUUUUAUUUUGGUUCUCAUCAUUCACAUCCCCCAUGAAAAGCCCAUUUAAUUACCUUCCAGCCACUCCCGUAUCCCUCCUCUUUCUCUCUGCGAUCUCAAACCCCAACCCUUUCUUUUAAUCUCUAGGGUUUGUUUAAAACAAAAAUUUAAAAUAAAGGAAAAGAAACACAAAAAAGAACAGAAAUGUCUCUUCCUCCUAUAGAGUGUAUAUACGUGACAGAGGAAAUCAUUCGCGAGAGCAAAAAUGGAAACUCUAACUUCUCAUUCUCUUCACCUGUUCCCAUGCUUCGCUUUCUCUACGAGCUCUCCUGGGCCAUGGUGCGCGGGGAAUUGCCAUUCCAGAAGUGUAAAGCGGUCUUGGAUGCCGUGGAGUUUACGGAGAGAGUGUCGGAGGAUGAGUUUGCCUCCUGCUUUGCUGAUAUCGUCACGCAAAUGGCUCAAGACUUUACAAUGGCCGGAGAAUGCCGCAUUAAUUUGAUAAAAUUGGCAAAGUGGCUGGUGGAGUCUUCAUUAGUUCCAUUGAGGCUUUUCCAGGAGCGGAGCGAAGAAGAGUUCCUAUCAGAGGCUGAGAUGAUCAAGAUAAAGGCUCCAGAUUUGAAGGUUAAAGAGGUCAGGGUAAAUACACGUCUUCUUUAUCAGCAAACAAAAUUUAACCUCCUUCGAGAAGAGAGUGAGGGCUAUGCUAAGCUGGUUACUCUCCUUUGUCGAGGUUCUGAAGAUUCAACUCAAAAUUCAUCAACAGCAAGAAUAGGCAUCAUCAAGUCAUUAAUUGGGCAUUUUGAUCUGGACCCCAACCGUGUUUUUGACAUUGUAUUGGAGUGUUAUGAACUUCAACCGGAUAAUAAUACUUUUUUGCAAUUGAUUCCCAUCUUUCCAAAGUCUCAUGCUUCACAAAUUCUCGGUUUUAAGUUUCAAUUCUAUCGGCGCAUGGAAGUAAAUACUCCUACCCCAUUUGGGCUCUAUAAGCUUACAGCAUUGCUAGUGAAGGAAGAGUUUAUUGAUCUUGAUAGCAUCUAUGCUCAUUUACUUCCCAAGGAUGAUGAGGCACUUGAGGAUUAUAACGGUUUCUCUGCAAAACGGCUUGAUGAGGCUAACAAAAUUGGAAAAAUAAAUCUUGCUGCUAUUGGUAAGGAUCUCAUGGAGGAUGAGAAACAAGGAGAUGUAAGGAUAGACCUUUUUGCUGCUCUAGAUAUGGAAAAUGAGGCUGUUGCUGAAAGAUCUCCAGAGCUUGAGGAUAGUCAAACUUUAGGCUUACUUACUGGCUUCCUUUUGGUAGAUGAUUGGUACCAUGCCCAUAUCCUCUUUGAUCGCCUUUCACCUCUUAAUCCAGUGGCACAUGUUCGAAUCUGCAAGGGGUUAUUUAGGCUCAUUGAAAAGUCAAUCUCUUCAGCAUAUGAUAUUGUUCGCCAGACACAUCUCCAAAGCUUUGUGUCUCCCUUGGGUAUUGAUAGCGUGGAUACAAGAGGUACAAUGGUUAGUAACUCCUUUAUUGAUCUUCCUAAGGAACUCUUUCAGAUGCUGGCUACUGUUGGACCUCAUCUUUACCGUGAUACACUACUGUUGCAGAAGGUAUGUAGAGUUUUGAGAAGUUAUUAUUUAUCUGCCCUUGAGCUUGUAACUAAUGCUGAUGGAGCCUCAAAUGGGGAAAUGGUUACCACUGGACAUCGAAAUCCUCGUCUUCACUUGAAGGAAGCUAGAUCAAGGGUAGAGGAAACUUUAGGAGCAUGUCUACUUCCUUCUUUGCAACUUGUACCUGCAAAUCCAGCUGUUGGGCAAGAGAUUUGGGAAGUAAUGAAUCUCCUUCCCUAUGAGGUGCGAUAUCGGUUAUAUGGCGAGUGGGAAAAGGAUGAUGAGCGGAAUCCUACAAUAUUAGCUGCAAGACAAACUGCCAAGCUGGACACAAGGAGGAUUUUGAAACGGUUGGCUAAGGAAAAUUUGAAGCAGUUAGGUCGGAUGGUUGCAAAACUUGCUCAUGCUAAUCCAAUGACUGUACUGCGUACCAUUGUUCACCAGAUUGAAGCAUACAAGGAUAUGAUUACUCCUGUUGUUGAUGCAUUCAAGUAUUUGACUCAGCUUGAGUAUGACAUUUUGGAAUAUGUUGUGAUUGAACGACUUGCACAAGGAGGACGAGAUAAACUAAAGGAUGAUGGUCUAAAUUUGUCAGAUUGGCUUCAAUCUUUGGCAUCAUUUUGGGGACACCUGUGUAAGAAAUACCCAUCAAUGGAACUGAGAGGUCUUUUCCAGUACCUGGUUAAUCAGUUAAAAAAGGGCCAAGGAAUUGAACUUGUUCUCCUGCAGGAGCUUAUUCAACAAAUGGCAAAUGUACAAUUCACAGAAAAUCUGACCGAGGAGCAGUUGGAUGCCAUGGCUGGAAGUGAGACUCUUCGAUAUCAAGCCACUUCAUUUGGUGCAACUCGAAAUAAUAAGGCAUUGAUCAAAUCUACCAAUAGGCUCAGAGAUUCGUUGCUUCCAAAGGAUGAACCUAAGUUGGCUAUUCCACUUUUGUUGCUUAUAGCGCAACAUCGUUCUUUGGUUGUCAUAAAUGCAGAUGCUCCUUACAUUAAGAUGGUCAGUGAGCAGUUUGACAGAUGCCAUGGGACUCUUCUUCAGUAUGUAGAAUUCCUAUGUAGUGCAGUGACACCAGCUGCUGCUUAUGCUCAAUUAAUUCCCUCACUUGAUGAUCUUGUUCAUAUGUACCACCUUGAUCCUGAGGUUGCAUUUUUGAUAUAUCGUCCUGUGAUGAGGCUCUUCAAGUGUCAAGGCAGUCAUGAUGUUUUCUGGCCUUUAGAUGCCAAUGGAACUGCAGAUAUUACUGUGGCAUGCUCAGAGUCUGAAAGUAAGGAUGAUUCUAGCCGAGUGAUACUGGACUUGGGUCCUCCUCGGAAGCCCACAAUGUGGUCUGAACUUCUUGACACUGUUAAAACCAUGUUGCCUUCUAAAGCCUGGAAUAGUCUCUCUCCUGACCUCUAUGCCACUUUUUGGGGGCUUACACUGUAUGAUCUUUAUGUUCCUAGAAAUGUUUAUGAGUCUGAAAUUGCAAAGCAGCAUGCUGCUCUUAAGGCUCUUGAAGAGCUUCCCGAUAAUUCUAGUUCAGCAAUUAACAAAAGGAAAAAAGACAAGGAAAGAAUUCAAGAAGCCUUAGAUCGUCUAAUUAGUGAACUUCAUAAGCACGAGGAAAAUGUUGCAUCUGUCCGUAGGCGACUUACUCGUGAAAAAGACAGGUGGUUGAGUUCCUGCCCUGAUACUCUUAAGAUUAACAUGGAGUUCCUCCAGCGUUGUAUAUUUCCUCGAUGUACCUUCAGCAUGCCAGAUGCGGUCUAUUGUGCAAUGUUUGUCCAUACUCUCCAUUCCCUGGGCACACCUUUUUUCAACACAGUGAAUCAUAUUGAUGUUCUGAUAUGCAAAACCUUGCAACCCAUGAUAUGCUGUUGCACCGAGUAUGAAGCAGGAAGACUAGGGAGGUUUCUGUAUGAAACACUAAAGAUUGCAUACUACUGGAAGAGUGACGAAUCCAUCUAUGAGCGGGAGUGUGGAAAUAUGCCAGGCUUUGCUGUGUAUUAUAGAUAUCCAAAUAGCCAGCGUGUUACAUAUGGACAGUUCAUAAAGGUACAUUGGAAAUGGAGCCAAAGAAUCACAAGGUUAUUGAUCCAAUGUUUGGAAUCAACCGAGUACAUGGAGAUUCGUAAUGCUUUAAUAAUGCUGACAAAAAUUUCAAGUGUUUUCCCUGUUACCAGAAAGAGUGGGAUUAACCUAGAAAAAAGGGUUGCUAAAAUUAAAAAUGAUGAAAGAGAGGAUCUCAAGGUGUUGGCAACAGGUGUUGCUGCUGCUUUGGCUGCUAGAAAGUCUUCAUGGGUUACUGACGAGGAAUUUGGAAUGGGAUAUCUUGAGCUGAAGCCUGUACCACCAAUUGCUUCAAAAUCUGUUGCUGGUAACACAGUUGCUGCACAGAAUGGUUCAUCAGUUAAUGUUUCCCAGAAUGAGGCUGCUGGUGGCAGGGCAGUUGCCCUUGGAACCCAACAGUCGGAUGUGAAUUUGGUCAAGGACCAGGUUUCAAGAACAAAACCUGAUGGGCGAUUGGAAAGAGCAGAAAAUGCCCCUCUUGGUAAAUCUGAUUUGAAAACAAAAGGUGGUACAUCAGCCAAUGGCUCUGAUGCUGCGUUAUCUGUUACAUUAGCUGCUUCACAAGCUGGAACAGAAAAAUCACAUGAAAAUCAGAAACAGCCAGAUGAUUCUUCUAAUAAAUUGGAUAAGCAUGCAGCUAAAACUCCUGCGAAAAACUCUGCUGAAUCAGAGUUAAAGGCCUCUUCCAAACGCUCUGUCCCUGUUGGAUCUCUAACAAAGACACAGAAGCAAGAUCAUGGAAAAGAUGAUGGCAAGUCGGGGAAAGCUGUUGGAAGAACUUCUGCAAUCUCUGUCAAUGAUAGAGAUGUUCCCUCUCAUACAGAGGGUAGACAAGGUGGGACUACAAAUGUUUCUUCAGCUAUCACUUCCAAUGGGAAAGAUGAUAGCUCUGAAGCACCAGAUGCAUCAAGGCCAUCUUCUCGAAUUGUUCAUUCUCCCAAGCAUGAUUGUUCUGCUACUGCUUCUAAGUCCAGUGAUAAGGUGCAAAAGAGAACUAGUCCAGUGGAAGAGACUGACAGAUUAAGUAAGCGCCGUAAAGGGGAUGUUGAAGUGAAAGAUCUGGAUGGUGAAGUUCGAGUAUCUGACAGGGAGAGGUCCACUGACCUUCGAUCAGCAGAUUUUGAUAAGCCUGGAACUGAUGAAGUAACAAGCUACAGGACUGGGGAUAAGCCUUUGGAUAGAUCAAAAGAUAAGGGAAGUGAGAGACAUGAUAGGGAUUACAGAGAUAGAUUGGAGCGCUCUGAAAAGUCCCGGGCAGAUGAUAUUUUGACUGAGAAGUCAAGAGAUAGAUCAAUAGAGAGACACGGAAGAGAGCGUUCUGUUGAGAGAAGCAUUGAUAGGAAUUUGGAUAGACUUGGUGAUAAAGCUAAGGAUGAGCGCAGCAAAGACGAAAGAAGUAAAGUACGAUAUGCUGAUACAUCCAUAGAAAAGUCUCAUGCUGAUGACCGGUUUCAUGGGCAAAGCUUGCCGCCACCACCACCUUUACCUCCUCAUAUGGUCCCACAAUCUGUUAAUGCUACUGGUAGAAGGGAUGAUGAUCCUGACAGAAGGUUUGGUAGUACAAGACACACUCAAAGACUCUCUCCAAGACAUGAAGAGAAGGAGCGGAGACGGUCAGAAGAAAAUUUGUUGGUUUCCCAGGAUGAUGGAAAGCGCAGAAGAGAGGAUGACUUUCGAGAGAGAAAGCGAGAGGAAAGAGAGGGAUUGUCAUUGAAGGUGGAAGAGAGGGAAAGAGACAGAGAGAGGGACAGAGAGAAAGCAAAUGUUGUGAAAGAGGAUGAUGUUGAUGCUACUGGUGCCAAAAGGCGGAAACUCAAGAGAGAGCAUUUGCCAUCAGAGCCCGGGGAAUAUUCUCCAGUUGCCCCUCCUCCCCCACCUCUCUCCAUUGGUAUGUCACAAUCAUAUGAUGGAAGAGAGAGAGACCGAAAGGGUACCAUGAUGCAGCGUGGGGGUUACUUGGAAGAACCAGGGAUGAGGAUUCAUGGGAAAGAGGCAACCGGCAAGAUGGCUCGUCGAGAACCAGACCCAUUGUAUGAUCGGGAAUGGGACGAUGAGAAAAGACAGAGACCUGAGCAGAAGCGGAGGCAUCGGAAGUAAGAUAGGAGGAAAGGUUGUUUAAUGCAUAAAAAGAUUUCUGUUUAGAAUUUAUGGGGCGCUUUCUCUAGCAAGAAGGUUUCAUGAAUGAAAAGGGACUGCUAAUUUAUACAUUUCUUGUAGUAGGGAUAUUGUAAAUUCUUCAGCAGUCUGUACUGUAACUGUGUAACUAUAGUAUGCUUUUAACAAUUUUGUUGUAUUUUUUUUUUUUUUGGUUAUCAUUUCCUUAGAAAAUGAAAAA